AUGCCGGUGUGGCUGCGGGAGUACAGCUGGCGGCAGACUGGCUCCGUCGUCUAUCUCUCGCUGCCGUUGCGCGGCCUUCGGGUCAGCCCCGCCAACAUCUUCUGCACUGAUCAGUACCUGAAGGUAAGCGUCCCUCCUUUCUUAUUUGAAGCUUUUUUAUAUGCUUCUGUUGAUGACACAAAUAGCACUGCAAAGAUUGGAAAUGGAAUCAUUUUCUUCACUUUGUAUAAAAAAGAAGUGGCCAUGUGGGAUUCCCUAACUCUAGCAAAUGCAAGCAAGGAGAAACUGCAAUAUCUAAGACAGAAUGCUGUUCUAAAAGCCCAGAAAAAGGCAAAAGAGGAGACAGAAGCAAAAAAAGUUACAAAACAGGAACACAAAAAAUAUGCUUUGGAGGCCACAAUGAAGCUAGAAGAAGCAGAAAGAAAAAGAAUUGAAGAUCUGAAAGAAAAGGAGAGGCAGAAGGUCACUAAGGAGUUGGAGUUGUGGAAAAAACAGCAAAAAGAAGCUGAGAAGCAGAAUAGAGUCCAAAAAGAAGGGAAACUACAUCAAGAAGUACAACAGUUUAAUGAGAAGAAAAAUGGCAAAACGAACACAUCCAGGAUUCCUAAUGAGGGAACUUCUAACACCAGACUCAAACCUACUAAAGGUCAUGGUUCCUAUAGUAUGUUUUCAGAAAAUUUAAAGGAUGAACAAUUACCAGCUCCUCGAUCUGCUGCUACAAUUAAAACCAACUUUACAUCACGAGUUUUUCCUACACCUCUGCGAGAAUCUCGCAUUGCAGAAGAGGAGGAAUGGCUACAUAAACAAGCAGAAGCUCGAAGAACAGUAAAUGCUGAUUUGUCUGAGCUGGAAGACUUAAAAGAAGAGGAGAAGAAUCCAGACUGGUUAAAAGACAAAGGAAACAAAAUGUUUGCAACAGGAAACUACCUUGCAGCUGUAAACGCAUAUAACCUCGCAAUACGGCUGAACAAUAAGCUUCCCCUACUGUAUCUGAAUCGUGCUGCUUGCCAUCUUAAACUGAGAAAUUUACAUAAAGCUAUUGAAGAUUCCUCUAAGGCACUAGAACUGCUGACACCGCCUGUUUCUGAUAACAAGAGUGCUCGAGUAAAAGCGUAUGUGAGACGGGGAACAGCAUUUUGUCAGCUGGAAUUAUAUACUGAAGGUCUCCAGGAUUAUGAAGCAGCUCUCAAGAUUGAUCCUAAAAAUGAAGCAAUAGGAAAAGAUGCUGAGAAGAUUCGAUGCCUAAUUCAAGGAACAACACAAGAUUCUUAA